GGCGGGCGCCUCGGUCCCGGCUGCUGCGGACCCGGAGCACACGGAGGCGGCCGGCUGCGGCGGCUCAGGCGGCGCGACGCGGAGCGGGAGGACGGAGGGGCGGCCGGCGCACAGCUGCCCACCAUGAAGCCCCCAGCAGCCUGUGUAGGAGAUGCCCUGGACACAGCGGCCCCGUGCUCCGUGGUGAACUACCUGAGAUGGGACCUGAGCGCCCAGCAAAUAGAGGAGCUCACUGUGGAGCUCAUCGAGCAGACUAAGCGUGUGUAUGACCAGGUGGGCUCCCAGAAGUUUGAAGACGUGUCCUAUGAGAGUACCCUCAAGGCGCUGGCCGAUGUGGAGGUGUCCUACACAGUUCAGAGGAACAUCCUGGACUUCCCGCAGCACGUUUCUCCAUCCAAGGACAUUCGGACGGCCAGCACAGAGGCGGACAAAAAGCUGUCUGAGUUUGACGUGGAGAUGAGCAUGAGGCAGGAUGUGUACCAGAGGAUUGUCUGGCUGCAGGAGAAAGUUCAGAAGGACUCGUUGAGGCCGGAGGCCCUGCGGUACCUGGAGCGACUGGUCAAGCUGGGCAGAAGGAACGGCCUACAUCUACCUGAGGACACUCAACAGAAAAUCAAGAGCAUUAAGAAGAAGCUGAGUCUUCUGUGCAUCGACUUCAACAAGAACUUGAACGAGGACACGACCUUCCUGCCACUCACGCGAGAGGAGCUGGGAGGGCUCCCGGAGGACUUUCUGAACUCGCUGGAGAAGGCUGGGGAUGACAAGUUGAAAGUCACUCUCAAGUACCCACAUUAUUUUCCUCUCCUGAAGAAGUGCCACGUGCCCGAGACCAGGAGGAAGGUGGAGGAGGCCUUCAACUGCCGGUGCAAGCAGGAGAAUUGUGCGAUCCUCAGAGAGCUGGUGACCCUCCGGGCCCAGAAGUCCAGCCUGCUGGGGUUUAGCACACACGCCGAUUACGUCCUGGAGAUGAACAUGGCUAAGAGCAGCCAGGUGGUGGCCACUUUCCUAGAUGAGCUGGCCCAGAAGCUGAAGCCCCUUGGGGAGCAGGAGCGCGCCGUGAUCCUGGAGCUGAAGAAGGCCGAGUGCGAGAAGCGGGGCCUGGACUUCGACGGGCGCAUCAAUGCCUGGGACAUGCGCUACUACAUGAACCAGGUGGAGGAGACCCGCUACAGCGUGGACCAGAACCUGCUCAAGGAGUACUUCCCCAUGCAGGUGGUCACCCAGGGCUUGCUCAGCAUCUACCAGGAGCUGCUGGGGCUGACCUUCGACCUGGAGGAGGGCGCCACCGUGUGGCACGAGGACGUGAAGCUCUACUCCGUGAGGGACUCGGCGUCGGGGAGGGUCAUCGGGAAGUUCUACCUGGACCUCUACCCGCGGGAAGGGAAGUACGGGCACGCGGCCUGCUUUGGCUUGCAGCCCGGCUGCCUGCGGCAGGACGGGAGCCGCCAGAUUGCCAUCGCGGCCAUGGUGGCCAACUUCACCAAGCCUACCCCGGACGCCCCCUCCCUGCUGCAGCACGACGAGGUGGAGACCUACUUCCACGAGUUUGGGCACGUGAUGCACCAGCUGUGCUCUCAGGCGGAGUUUGCCAUGUUUAGCGGGACGCACGUGGAGCGGGACUUCGUGGAAGCACCUUCCCAGAUGCUGGAGAACUGGGUGUGGGAGAAGGAGCCGCUGCUCAGGAUGUCCCAGCACUACAGGAUGGGCAGCGCCAUCCCCCAGGAGCUGCUCGAGAAGCUCAUCAAGUCCCGGCAGGCCAACACAGGUCUCUUCAACCUGCGCCAGAUCGUACUGGCCAAGGUGGAUCAGGCCCUGCACACGCAGACGGCUGCCGACCCGGCUGAGGAGUAUGCCCGCCUCUGCCAGGAGAUCCUUGGGGUCCCUGCCACGCCAGGGACCAACAUGCCUGCGACCUUUGGCCACCUGGCCGGUGGCUACGACGCCCAGUACUACGGCUACCUGUGGAGUGAGGUGUACUCCAUGGACAUGUUCCACACACGCUUCAAGCAGGAGGGCAUCCUGAACGGCAAGCAGGUCGGCAUGGACUACAGACGCUGCAUCCUGAGACCCGGCGGCUCCCAGGAUGCCAGCGUCAUGCUGAAGCUCUUCCUGGGCCGAGACCCCAAGCAGGAUGCCUUCCUCCUGAGCAAGGGGCUGCAGGUGGACAGCAGCGAGCCACCGGCCUGCUGACGCACCAGGGCUCUGCUGGCCCCGGGCCACGGGCUCAGCCCCACCCCAGCUCCUGCUGCCCUGUUGCCUUAGCUCCCAGUCGGGAAACGGGGUGGCCUGCCGCUCAGGGUGGGCGGGUGGGGGCAGGGUGAGGAGACGGGCUCUUCGUCCUCCCUGUCCGUUCCUCGUGUCUGGUCUCUACAGGCCCCCGUCGGUGGCCAGCCUGGGCUGAUGGGGCCUUGUCCUCGAGAUGCCCGGAGAACUCUGUGUUCAGUCAUGCCCGCCAAUUUGUUGCACUAAUCCAUCCCCUUCCUGGGAAGUUUUCUGAGUGAAAAGAUGGUGGUUCUUUGAAAUGCAGCCAUUAAAAAAAAAAAAAAAAAAAAAAAGGAAAGAGAGA